AUGGCUCGUACCAAGCAAACUGCUCGUAAAUCCACUGGUGGCAAGGCCCCAAGAAAGCAGCUCGCCUCCAAGGCAGCUCGCAAGUCCGCACCAAGCACUGGAGGUGUCAAGAAGCCUCAUCGCUACAAGCCUGGUACUGUCGCUCUUCGUGAGAUUCGUCGUUACCAGAAGUCGACUGAGUUGCUCAUCCGCAAGCUUCCCUUCCAGCGUCUCGUCCGUGAGAUUGCCCAAGACUUCAAGUCUGACCUUCGCUUCCAAUCCUCUGCCAUCGGCGCUCUUCAAGAGUCAGUUGAGGCCUACCUUGUCUCCCUCUUUGAGGAUACCAACUUGUGCGCUAUCCAUGCCAAGCGUGUCACCAUUCAAUCCAAGGACAUCCAGCUUGCUCGUCGUCUCCGCGGUGAACGAUCUUAG